CGUUGUAACAGUUUGCACAUUUUUUUGUCUUAAGUCAAAGUUUCCAAAACAAUUGUUGAUUUUUUUCUCAUUGACCAAGCUUCUACUCAACAGUGAGGCCAUCACUCAUAAUCAGUGCUACAUUCACUAUGACGAUUGGACUAGCAUAAGAAAAAACUAUGAGUUUGGGGGGAUAAUAUUUAUCACAGGAUUAACGUCUCUCCAGUCGUAGAGUUUUCUGGCUUUAUAUUAGGCAAAAGACGCUAUCAAUAAUAUAUGUGGGCAAAUCACCGUAUCGAAACCACCCGCUUCAAAAAGAUGUCGAAUGUAAUCGAACGAAAGCUCAGCCAAAAACUACAAAACAUCUAGAAGAUCAAAAGAAGAUUUCAUGUGUAAAGAAUUUCACCUGCCUGCAUAGACUGUUAGAUUGAAAAAAAUGUCAGUUGGUUAGAAGAACGGAUCUUCCAGCAGCCGGUUCUUUCAUCCUGAUCCAUUUUCAACUUUAAAUAAUUAUUAUCAGAUACAUAACUGGAAAAUAUAACAAACACGAAGACGCUAUGGAGGACGAACAACGACGUCGUCAAAUUGAGGAAGAGAUGGCACGAUUUGAACAGGAGAUUCUCCAGGUUCAACAGACAUUGCCACCUCCACCGCCCCCGCCGCCCCCACCUCCUCCUUUACCAUCAGCCGUUCCGGCUAGUGGUCCACCAACACCUGCAAAUCUCUUUAUUCCUCCACAGUUGCAGCGUAAUCUCGCCGGCUUGCGACCACCACCGAUGCCUCCAAUGAUGAUGCCACCUAAACCGCCGUCUAUAAUGGCACCGAAACACCCUCCUCCUUCGAUGAUGCCCCCGGAUCCAUCGAUGUUAAUGGGACCUGGGGACACAUCCAUGAUGGGUAUGCCCCCGCCACCAGAACAGCUAAUAAUGUCGAUGCCCCCAAUAGGGAUGCCGCCUAAGCCAUCUAUAAUGGGAAUGCCUCCUAGGCCAUCAUCUUUAAUGAUCCCGUCGCGUCUUCGUCACCCACAUCAGCCACCACCAAUGUGUUCACCAAUGCGACCGCCGCAAUUUCAGGCUGAGUCCACCGCGACGCCGACAACGAUCACUGGGAAACCGGCUGUCACCGUUUACAGUGCACCCCCGAAGAAGGCUGCCGAUCUGGAAGCAGAUGAAAUUCUAGCGGCAUUGCAGAAAGCCGAAGCAGAACUCAAGGAAGCCAAAAACAACAACAGCCUAGCAAAUGAAAAAGCUAACUGCGGUGCGAUUACCCUCCAAACAGCGCCGUCUGCGCUUAAAGUAACGGGUCAGCUUGCUUCGUCCAUCGUCGCGGCGCAGGCGAGCAGUGCGGCUGUUAUUACAGCUGGACCUCCAGUGUCAGCGGUCGGCAACGGGAGUGAAGACACACCAAAAAAGAAGAGCAAGAAAGUAAUUCGUAUGGCUGGUCAACAGGUGUGGGAAGACAGCUCGUUAGCCGAAUGGGAUCCCGAUGACUUCCGAAUAUUCUGCGGUGAUCUUGGCAAUGAUGUUACUGAUGAUAUGUUAACACGAGUGUUCUCAAAGUAUCCGACGUUUGCUCGAGCAAAAGUUAUCAGAGACAAACGCACGAAUAAAAGUAAGGGGUACGGCUUUGUCAGCUUUAAGGAACCGCAAGGAUUUAUCAAGGCUAUGCGUGAGCUGAAUGGGAAAUAUGUCGGUAGUCGACCGAUCAAAUUACGAAAAAGUACAUGGAACGAGAGAAAUAUCGACGUGGUAAAAAAGAAAAUCAAGGAUAAACAAAAACUUGGCCUUCUAUAGGAUCAUUCAUGAAUAUGUUGCAAGACAGAUAGUCGUAUUCAUCUACCCUUAAGCGUGUAAUUAGCUUGUCCAAUGUGACUAGACGUGCUAUACGUAGGGUCGAAAAAGUUACCCCAAGAAUGUCGUCGAAAGGCCACUUUGUCAAAAAUCUUCGUCUGAGUUACCGGGUUCCAAGUACAAAGUUCUUGUGAUUUGUACGUGGUGAAACGAACAUUGCACAUGCAUAUAAUGUCUCAAGUAUGGCUUUAUUCGAAUAAAGCCGGACGAAAAUUGUGUUGUUUACAAACCGGUCUUUGUAGAUUUUUAUGGACCAGUCUAUGAAUCAGCGAGACAGAUCAUUUUGGAUCCUGUAGAAGUUGGGGUUUUUUUUAGCGACCGUAGAGUUGAUAGUUCGGAUGACAUUAUUGGAGAUUAAAAUAAUCGAUAUGCAUCACUGAUUAUCAAAUUGGCUUUGGCAGACUUGAGGAAACGAAGAAUCGUCUUUCUGCGGUAUCUAUCGUUGAAUUAAUUUAAGUAACAAUGUUUAACUGGACAACUGUAAUGAAUAGGAAUAUCAUCUUGAAAUUAAAGCGAGUUGUUGGCCUAGCCAUUAGAGGGUAACUUUCCUCUUUGAUUUGAGAAAUAAGCCAGAAGAGGCUGAGACAGACGAGUGAUAGUAUUUGAUUAUACCGAAGUGGAAAAGCAUGAUGCACGCGCUUUGCUAAAUGUAGAUAAACAUGUGUAGUUAAAGCGUAUAUAACAAUGAAAAAUUCAUAUUUAAAUAAACACAAGCGCAUCGCGUCGCUAUAAUUGAUACAUUGCUGUAAUACUAUCUGAGUUGUUUUGUGCUUAUUAUUCCGUAUAUUAGACUAACGAAAGUGAUACAUUAUAGACGCUUGUUAAAAUCGGAGUUGAGCGCUUAUGUAAGAAGCCUUUAUUGAAAUGCAUUUUGUGGGGAAAAGCAGAUUGUACAAGCCUUAAUACGGCAAGCUCUAUGAAAUACUUAUUGUUUGGAACCAAAAAAAAUAUCGUGUUUUUUUAUUUGGCCUGAUGUGAUCAGAUGCAGUUGCUGGGCUUCGGCAUCUUCUUGGCAUAAUGAUUUGUUCUGAUAACAAAAUGGCCCCUGAGGGCAAUUCAACCAAGGAAUACUCAAGUUUUUAAUAUUCUCUAUUGGUGCAAGCAAUUUUUGAUGGUUUAUUUUUUUUUUAAUGCACAUAGAUGUUGGCUGCUAUUGGCCAAUGACUGGGUUCAGUGGUAGUAACCGUUAUGUAGAUUUGGUUAUUAGAAGUGUUCCGAAAGCAUAGAUACUUUGUGAAACUAGCAGCCUCAUAAAAAGUCAUAUAAUAACUUUUAUUCAAUAUCUGUCUAUCCUUUGUAUUGCA